AUGGCCUCAAGGGUUCAGCAAUCAUGCUCGCGAGACCCCAAGACCCCUGAUGACAGUUCACAACCAUGGACGCUCGGCGGCUCUCGAGAACACAAGCGGGUUGGUUGGCGAUGGCGCAAGGCCGCCGCUAGAAUGGCAAUGCUAGGGGGAGGCUUGGCUGGCGGCCAAUCAACGGGCCUGCGCAGCACGCAAUACACCCCUCCCGCCUGGAUGCGGCUAGUGCGGGGGAUGCGCGGGGCAGUUCUGGUCGACGCGGACGGCGAGCUGCUGAUGGAUGGCGACAUGAGCGACAGCCUCAAGCCCGUCCGGGAUAGCCAGGACGAUAUUUGA